UUUAAUUUCUCCAUUUUUCAUUUGGAAAUAUCCCAAAAGUGUAGUGCAUAUUUCAUACUAGAAAAUAGAAAUGGUAAGAACACCUUGUUGUGAGAAAGUAGGUCUCAAGAGAGGGAGAUGGACAGUAGAAGAAGAUGAAAGACUCACCAACUAUAUUCAAGCUAAUGGUGAAGGAUCUUGGAGGACAUUACCUAAAAAUGCUGGGUUACUAAGAUGUGGAAAGAGUUGCAGAUUAAGAUGGAUUAAUUAUUUGAAAAGUGAUUUAAAGAGAGGUAACAUAACUUCCGAUGAAGAAGCUAUAAUCAUUAAGUUGCGUGCAACUUUGGGUAACAGGUGGUCUCUAAUAGCAAAACAUUUACCACAUAGAACAGAUAAUGAGAUAAAAAAUUAUUGGAAUUCUCGUUUGAGCCGAAAAGUAGAAAGCUUAAGGAUUCCAAGUGAUGAAAAGUUGCCACAAGCUGUUGUCGAAUUAGCCAAAAAAGGAACACAACAACAAAUUAUCAAACAUAGACGAAAAGGGAAAACUAAAAUUAGCGGUUCGAAUUUCAGAAGUGAAACUAUAGUCCACAUUACGUCAUCAACGCCAAAUAUGGAGAAAGAAACCAUAAAUACCAUUCCCAAUGGCGAUAGUAAUGCAAUGGAGUUCUAUCAUAACGAUGAUCAAAUGUUGUGGCAUGACGAUAUUAUGCUAAUGGACGAUAAAGAAGCAGAGUUGGACCAAGAUUUCAUUUUCAAUUGUUUAUGGAGUGACAUUAAUAAUGACUCCAUGAAUGAAGAAGCAACGGUUGAAAAUAUUGAUCCCAUGCAUAGUGAUUUGGUAGCUUGGUUUUUGUCUUAA